AUGGGCACACCAGAGAAAACCACUUUCCAAAGAGUGUCGCAAAACUCGUCGAUGGAAGAACAAAAUGCUCCGUUUCUGGACAACGUUUCAGAUGAGGAGGUAUCGCCGCCUGUGUAUAGCAAGGAAUCUGCUCCAGCACAAAGAUGGCCCUUGUACUUCAAUAUCGGCCUAUUUUUGAGCUCGAUUGUCUUUUUCGCUACUUCUAUUGCCGUCAGGUCUACCGGACCGACUGAUAUUGAAUGUGCGACCAAAAUGAAUGCAUACUCACCGGUGAUGGAAGCGGUCGAGUAUGAAUGGGUUACCUUUGAGAACGACUUCUCAACUGCACCUACCAAAUACAGAGGCAAACCAACUGCUGAGCUGGAGCAGGCAUGGACGGAUCUGUGGAAGUAUGGCGCAUUCCCUGUUCCAAUUGAGAAACUCGGUGCCUUAAACGAAUCGGACGAUGUUGACUGGCGUCGCGUUACGCCUCGAGAGCCCCAUAGCCCGACGGUUGGAUUGCUGGAAGGAUUCCACCAGAUUCAUUGCCUGAACCUAAUCCGACAAUACACCUACAAAGAUGAAUGGGACUACACCAACGCUUCAUCCUGGGGUGGCGGAGCAGAGAUGGUGCGAUGGCACGUUGAUCACUGCAUUGAGACUCUCCGGAUGAACCUCAUGUGCACGGCAGACGUGACGCCGUAUCUGAUCUGGAACGAUCCUGAUGGAUUCAAUGGCGAGAGUCCCAGUUUCAACACACUGCACAAGUGUCGCAAGUGGGAGCCGAUUGUAGACUGGGUGAAGGAUCAUGUUGUUUUCAAUGGAACGGCAAAGGAGAUGGCAGAGGAAGAAGCCAAAAAGGGAAUAGCUGACCAUGAUCAUACUGAAGAUCAUGCUUCUGAACAUGAACAUGGGCAUAAUCCUUUUUAG